UAUGAAGGGUUUUAGCCGUCACAUGAUUUCGCCCAAACAUCCUCAAUUACAAAACCUUUAAUCAACGAUCAUGGCUUCUAUGAAACUAGAAUUCAAAUGAGCAAAAUUUCACUCUUGUUUAAUCUUAUUCCUCACUCCCCUAAACAUCCAAUUUCUUAAUUUCACUAUUAACCGAAACCCCUAAUUUUCUUGAACCUUCAUGAAUACGCUCUCUUCAAAAUCAAAGCUCAUUUCUCGCGUUCUUCUUUCAAGACCUUUCUCCAUUUCGUCACACUCAAGAGUGUUAUGCAUCUCUUUCUUUUCCACUUCUUCUCACCCUAAUUCUCCCUCUAAUCAUCAACACUUUUCGGCAUCGCGGCGUUAUGAAGAAGAGAGUAAAAAUGUUAGGGUUUCGGUGUGGUGGGACAUAGAAAACUGUGGUGUUCCAACUAGGGUUAAUGCUUAUAAGAUUUCCCAUUUCAUCACUUCAGCUGUUAGAGCAAAUGGGAUCAAGGGUUCUGUUCAAGUUACUGCCUUUGGUGAUGUUUUAUGCCUUUCCAGGGCUAAUCAAGAGGCUCUGUCUAGUACUGGUGUCAAUCUUGUUCAUAUUCCUAAAGGUGGAAAGAACAGUGCUGAUAGGUCACUUCUCGUGGACCUUAUGUAUUGGGUUUCUCAGAACCCUCCACCUGCGCAUGUCUUUUUGAUAUCUAGUGAUAGAGAAUUUGCUGUGAUGAUACACAAAUUGAGAAUGAACAACUAUAAUAUACUACUUGCUGCUCGAGAAGCCGGAAGUACUCCUGGUGUUCUUUGUAGUGCUGCAACCAUUAUGUGGAACUGGGAUGAGCUUGCUAAAGGGGAAAAUCUUUCCGGUAGGCAUUUUAAUCAACCACCAGACGGCCCCUUCAAUUCUUGGUAUGGCCACCACAGAGGGCCCCUUGAGGAUCCAUUUGAUGCAUCUGAGCAGAAAAGCUGUCUGGAGACUGACAACAUCUCCAACUCUGAGCAGUCCUCACAGCCUAAGUGUUGUCCCGUGCCCAAACCAAUUUUAUGGCAGAUACAGCGUAUUGUAGAUGAUUAUCCAGAGGGACUUACCUACAGUGAAUUACGCUCUGCCAUAGCAAAAUAUAAAGUGUCUAUAGAAAAAGACAUUUCCAGUAAGAAAAAAUUUAUUCGUUUUCUACGGUCGAUGCCCCAAAUUGUGAGGAUUGAAACUAGUCCUGGUGGCUGGAUGUUGCUACAUCCAGCAUCUCGAAAAAGCCAAAAACCUGUUGAAGGGAAUGAUACUUCAGGAUUGAUCACUGAGAAUAAGAAUCAGGAUGUCAAAGUAACUAAAAAAGAAACUGAUCAGACUCAUGCAAUUACUAGAAUGGUGGAUGUUGAGCCGGUGUCGCCUGUGUCCCCUUAUGUUAAUCAUACAGAGAAAGCAGUGGAAGAGAAGGUGAAGGAGGAAAUCCCUGAGAAAAAGGACUUAAGUGGUCCUCAUAUUGACACCCAAGUUACUUCUAAAGAGGAUCUCUCAGGAAAGGAAAUAUUUGACAAACAAGCCAUGAAUAUUCCUGUGCCUCCCAUGGAAGAACAAAGCUCUGAAAGCAAGAUUGGUCUUUUCAAACGAUUAUGGUUUGGCACAGUUACAGAUGUCAAGGAGACUAGCAACAAUAUUUCUGAUAAAUUAGAUACAUCUUGUGUUAACCCAGUAUUGUCAACUCCCAAAGAAGAGGAUACAAUUUCAUCCAACCAACAUGUUGUUCAACGCUCAGCAGAUGCAUCUCCGGUUAAUGUAUUGGAUGAGAAUGCUAAAAGUGACGCAUCUGAUAAAUGUGAAACUAGUCCAGGUAUCUUUACAAGGGUACUAAGCUGGUUCAAAUCUUGGCCGAAUUCAUCUAUCAAUGCAACAAAUGAACAAACCAAUUUAGAGCAAAUCUUAAUAGAGGGAAACUCAAGAAUGUUGGAUGAUAGUUCACACUCAACGAAGCUUGAACCUGAGAUGUUCUACAAAGAUACUUUCUGGAAUGCUCUUCAAUCAUUUUUUAAGACAUGCAAAGGUGUCGACAUUGUCUCAAGCUCAACAUCCAGGGAGCAUUUUGCUGAAAGGCUUCAAAACGAAGGACCUUUGGUUCUUCAGACUCUCCAAGAAAGCGAUCUUCAUAACUUGGUAGAUUUACUAAUUUCCAAGAGAUGGAUUAAAGAGUUUCCUACUAAAACCCCUCGAUUUACAAUUACUCAGCCUGCCGUGGAUAGCUUUGUAGAGUUCCAACCUCAAAAUGUCCAAUCCCAAAGCUCAAAGGGUUUAAGUUCUAUGUUUAUGGGCUCGUCUCAAGAAAAGCCACAUUUGACAGCUAUCUCUGCUGAGCACAAGAAGCCUUCUGAGAAAUCAAGAAGUGAUGUCUUAGCCGAUUGUCAGAGACUUUUAGAUGAGCGUUUACCACGGAACCCUGAAGGUUUGGACAUUGCUUACUUCAAAAGGGAUUUUUUUGAUAAGUAUGGAUAUCAUCUCGAUCACCAAAAGCUCGGUUACCCAAAAUUGGUAUCACUUCUACAGAUAAUGCCUGAUGUUAAACUAGUUGGUCGUUACAUUCUUAAGGAUAAUGUGGUUUACUCUCCUGGCGUUAAGUCCGUUGGCCUUUCCGGGAAGUCUUCAGGGUCUGAUAGCUAUCUGUCUGAUUCACAGAAGAAUGAAGGUGGUGAAUCACCAUGGGAGGAACUUGGACCUGUUACUGAACAAGCGAGAGAUUCAAUUAUAAGUCGGGUAAAUGGCAAUUAUGAACCCUCCUUGUCAGAUGAUGAUAAGGAGUUUUCAGAACCCGAAGAGAAUGCAACCUCAUCAACGGUCAAUGCAGAAGAUCGAAACAGGUCGAAGGGGAAUAAGGAUGUUAGCUCCUUGAUUCAAAUCUUGGACUCAUGGUACGCCACCAAUGACUCUCAGGAUCGUGGUUCUCAUGUCGAGUUUUUAGUAGACGGUGCAAACCAGAAUUCAAAGGCGUCUAAAUCGUCAAUCGCUAGUUUUGAAAGUGAAUGCGCUUCUGAUGAGUGUGAAUGGAAGCAAAGACCACAGAAGAACUAUAACUUCGUUGCAAAUCCUAUCAAGAAUGAGACGGAUGAUACAAUUCAGGUAAUUCUGGGUACGUUGAAGAAGUCGGGCAAACCAAAGGAGCAAGAGUGAAGGAGUGUCUAAAUUUUACUGGUAAAACUAAAAGAAUCCAAAAUUUUAUAGUUUGAUGCGCUUCUUCAUUUAAGCUAAAUCUUGGUUACUGACUUACUGUUAUGCGAAAUUGAUUACUGGCAAGUAGUAGCGAAGCAUGCAUGCGUGCGUGGAAUUCACCGACAAGUAAGGGUGUUUGACAAAUGGUUGUUGACUAUUAGCUUUUGGUUGGUUUAAUUGGCUUGUUCGAUCAGCUAACAAUAUAAGACUUUUUAUUGUAAAGCCAAUUGGCCAUAAACUGAUGAUGAUGUUCCAUUGUAUAAGCUAACAAUAUAAGACUUCUAUCUUUGAAUUGUUUUAAUAUAAUACCUUAAUUUACUGUGCUUGGUUCUCCGAAA